AUGGCACCCAAAGGACUCGCGAUUCUCAUCGGCGCCGGGCCAACAUCAGGCGCAGGUAUCGCACGCACGCUUGCCAGCCCCCAGCACGGUAACCUCGCCGUCGCCAUUCUCGCCCGUAACCCAGAUAGCCUCAAGAACCUUGCUUCCGAGCUCAAAAAGUCAUCGAACGGAAUCGUCCAUCCGUUCCCAACGGACACCCAGCCCGACAACCUUCGGAAAGCCUUCCAGCAGAUUGCCGAUCACCCCGACUUCAAAGAUCUCAAGCUUAAGCUCGCCAUCUACCAUGUCAAGAACUCCAGCAAGAAGCCGUUCCUGGAAGAAACUGCAGAGGCGUUCAGCGACACGAUGAACACGUACACCACCGGAGCCGUCGUCUUCGCCCAGGAGGCACUGAAGCUCAUGUACGCGCAAAAUGGUGGACAGACACUCCUCGCCGACACUGAGGGCGCGAAGAAGGGAACAAUCAUCUUCACAGGAACUCUCGGUGCGAUGCGUACGAAUGCGCAAUAUGCGGCCUACGGGGCUUCCCGUGCAGCGUCCAGGAUGGUGGCGCAGGCUAUCGCAAAGGAGCACAGCAAGUUCGGAGUGCAGUGCGUUCAUGCCAUUGCAAAUGGGGGAAUUGUUGACGAGGAUAAUGCGGAUACAACGACCGGCAAGAAGAUGAAGGCAGAGGAUGUUGGCGAGUUAUACCUUUGGCUCUCGCAACAGCCCAGUUCGUUGUGGACUCACGAGCUUGACAUGAGGCCAGCGCAAGAGUCGUUCUAG